UAAUCAAGACAGUCCGUUUUUCGAGCCGCUGCUCCCCUGAAUCCAAUUCGUUUUUGACCCUCAUUCUCUCUUAGUUCUUGUGUAGUCAAGAUCUCGUGAAAUAACGAUGGGUGGUGUGCCCUCAGUCCCGCGUGACCCGUCGCGCAAAGUCCAGGUUAUCUGCGCCGGAUAUGCGCGCACAGGAACCUCGACUAUGGCGUUGGCCAUUGAACAGUUACUUCGAGGGCCUUUUCUGCACGGUGGCACUCAAGUCUUGAACCGGGAGGAUGCCUACUGUAAAAAAUGGGUUCAGGUGUAUGAGGCCAAGAAGCGCGGCGACAAGGAGCGUACGUUAACGCUACUACGCGAGGUGACGGCAGGUUUCGUCGGUGUCGCUGACAUGCCUCCGCUGGACUUCAUCCCAGAGCUCAUGGAGCUCUAUCCCGAGGCUAAAGUUGUUCUCGUUGAACGGGAUCCGGACCGCUGGCUCGAGAGCCUUAUGGUCGUCUCUAAGGCCUCUAACAAGCCCUGGUUGCCCUACCUCGUCUGGGUUGUGCCUGGGUGGAGGUGGUUCCCCUCACUCGUCAAACACUAUGGCGAGAGUGCGAAGAGAGUCAUGCAGUUGGAACCAAAGGGCGAGGUUAAGCGUGGAACUAAACUUAUUAUCAACUGGAACAACAUGGUUAAGGAGAUGGUGCCGCCCGAGAAACUGCUCGUCAUGGAGCUUAAAGAUGGCUGGGAGCCUCUGUGCAAGUUCCUCGGCGUGCCUGUUCCUGACGGACCUUUGCCGCGGGCCAACGACACCGAGGCGGCGGUCCAGAUCUCGCACGAUGUUACACGGCGUCUGGCGCAGAUUUGGGGCACCGCGCUUGGAACGGUCGCUGUCCUCGGCUUUGGUGCAUGGAGGGCUUGGAAGACACGCUGACUAUUGAUCCGUAGUUGGUGCGUAUAUAUGAAACAUACUCAACCAACCUUAGUUGACUGUCUCAUUUGCACUUAAUGUGCGUGUAUAUAUCUAACCUACAUCCGGAAACUAGCGUUUUUUUUUUUUAAAGAGAUCAAUGGUUGAGACACUUUAACUCCACAAUAGAAAAUAAAUUCUUCAGUUCACUCCUGUGACCACUAUCAGGGAACAGCCUCCCUGAAGGAGAAACAGUG